AUGUAUGCCACGCAGCCUCCUCGUCCAUCGGCAUAUGCUCCCACCCCCUAUAGCUAUACUCCAAACACCUCCUUCUCUGCUCAAAUCAAUCUCGAUGAAGAAGUGAAGCUCUUCGAUUCGUCUGCCGAGCGCGACCUCAUUGAUUCUCUCGCAGAAAUCUACAGUAUAAUUCGAACCCUCGAUGGUCUUGAGAAAGCCUAUAUUAAAGAUGCUCUUCCAGAGAACGAAUAUUCGGAUAUGUGUUCCAAAAUGCUCAAGCAAUAUCGCUCCAUCCUAAGUGACGAAACCGUUGCUCGUGAGUUUGUCGACCUGGACACCUUUACACGCAAAUGGGAUAUCGAAUGCCCUCGGGCAAAAGAGAGACUCAGAGUCGGCCUGACCGCAGAUGAGGUUCUAACCCGUCCUACAGCUAUGCCGGGUCCAGUGCAGCCUCAAGGUGCAUCUGGUAGCCUGAUUCUCGUUGCUACGGAGAACUUCAUUACUUUUCUUGAUGCUCUGCGACUUAACAUGGUCUCCAAGUCGGCUUUACAUCCACUACUAUCCGAUGUCAUACAGUCGGUGAACAAAGUAACUGAUCAAGACUUUGAGAAUCGCGGCAAGAUCAUCCAAUGGCUGAUUACUCUCAAUCAGAUGAAGACAUCAGAGGAGCUGAGUGACGAUCAGGCCCAUGAUUUGGCUUUUGAUAUGGAACAGGCUUACAAUGGAUUCAAAUCGAUCAUACGCUGA